AUGAGUAUAAACUGGGUGAGUCUAUUUCUCACCAUGUGGUGUCUGUUUGUGCCAAGGUUGAAGAAUGAGAAAAGGGAAAACUUGAACAUUUUAGACGUGAAUUUUGUUGACGGUGAAUGGAAGAACGAACAGGUUGGGGAGAGGGGGAAGAGGAGACCGAUCGGAGCGAGUCAGGUGAAAAUCGGCGAUGAUGCGUCAAUGGGCCUAAACUGGGGUAGGCGCAAGAGGGGACAUGCGUCCGAGAUGAACGGCGACAUGCAUAAAGAGGUGAACGGGCAGGGUGACAAGACAAUGAAGGAGAGGAGGCCCGCGGAGUCCUUUGCACAAAGUAGACUAAAAUACAUUUACGUAAACAGAGACCUGUACAGCGCCCUACAAAUCAUGCUAAACCAGUACUGCCACCCACAAAUAUCGAGAUGCAUAGAAGGGACAAAAAGUUGCUUUUGCUUCAAUAAAGAAAAAUUAAUAAGACAUGUGAAUUUUCCUCGAUGCGUAGACAACUGUGGAAAAAUUAUCAGAUGCUUUGGUUUCCCAGGAACGGCUGCAGUUAAGAGUAUCCCAGGAGAGGUUGUAAACAGAUUAAAGAUGAAAAGUUGUGUCAUUUCGAAGAAGCAAAGGAAAUUAGAUAAUUUAUGUGGAGAAAAUAAAGUGUUUCGUUUUCAAAAUAAUAAACAAUAUUGCAUUCCUCAUGACCUGUUAGACAUGGACAAAGUGCUGAAGAGUUGUUUCAGCGAAUUUAGUACGAUAAGUCCAUGUGCAGGUUUUUUAGAGAAUACUGAAAAAGACAUUGCCAAAUUUAAAGUCAAUUAUAAGAAAUCGAUGAAUUCCAUUUUGUAUGAUUUGUGUAAUGAAGACUUGGAAGGGAAUGGGGAAAUGUACAAGGGGUGCCAAGACAAGUCUAUAUCAGGUAAGAAGUGCUUACCCUGGAGUUCUUUAAAUGUAAAGGAAAUUUUAGGUAUAGAAUAUACACAUAAUUAUUGUCGAAAUCCUGAAAAAUUAAUUACUAUAUAUUGCUUUGUUAACAUGAAUGGGUUUGUAUUUCGAGAAUUUUGUGAGAGAAAAGAAGACAUAAUAAUGAAUGACAUUACUUACAUUAAUGAAUCUUUAUACAACUUUAAUGUGACGAUGAAAAAUGUAUCUGAUUUUCGUUUAGCACUUACUACAGGAGAUUGUGCUAACUUAUAUGCAGCAAUGGAUGACCCCCUUAUGAACAUUAUACAAGAAGCUCCUGAUUAUACAUACCAUAAUGUAGAUGGAGACAUAGCUGUAACUAUUUCUUUUAAAAAUUUUCACAUGCGCAUUUAUCACAAUGUUGUUCUGUCCAUGUGUGCAUGCUAUAUGGAUUACUACUCUACUGCGGACUUCAAGCCUUGUUUGUCUAAACGCUAUGUUACUAAAGUGGGGAAUAUGUUAUCGAGUGACCACAUUUUUAAUACGUCAGUUAAUGUGUUUCAUGUUAAUAAGGAGCAAAGUCUAUCCUUAAAUAUUGAUAAUGUGAUUAUGCAAAACAGGGAGAUUUAUAUAAUGCAUGGGGAAUAUUCUUAUGAAUGUAAGAAUUUACGCUUCUUAGAAAAUACACCCAAAAAUCUUUAUCAACAAUUGCUUAAUGUAGAUAUUAGUAAAUCGACUCAGAAGAUAAUUACCGGUUUGGACAGCUCCAAAAACUACUCCACUCUUUAUGCUUACGCGGAUAAAAUUUUUGACCUGAAAACGAUGCUCAAACGAAAUGUGCACUUUACCAAGGUGCCUAAAUCUGCACACGUCGGCAAGGCAGUACAUGUAGAUGUGGAUGGCCGUAGAGCGAAUGUGAACCGAGAAGACCCUCACAAACUAUCGUUUCACAAAAUUUACAAUUUGAGAAAUGGGUCCAAUUUGAUGUGUAUAAAAAACCCAUCAUACAGCACAGUGAGCUUCACCUACGUAGGUCUAAUUACUUAUAAUAACUACAACACAUCAAAUGUGAAAUAUUUUUUAAAGAAGGAAACCACCGUUUUUGAGGAUAGAGUCUUCUUAAACGACGUGGCAAAUUUUAGUCUCACCGAUCACCUAUUCUCCUUUAGCGCCAUUUCAUGCACACUUACAGACACCAAUUUUUUAAAAGAAUUUUCUUCAAAAAUUGUAGAAGAAACACAAAUUAAUAGGCUGAGGAAAUAUUCAGGCGCUUUCUACUAUAACCAUUUUAAAAGCUCCUUCAGCAGGAGUCCCCAGAAUGACAUACCUGAAAGGGGAAAAAAAAGGAAUCGCUUUUAUACUUUUUCUUUACAAAAAAUAAAGCAAAUUGAUGUUUCAUUAAAUUAUCUUUGUGAAAGAAAGAAGAGGCUUGAUGCGCUUAGCUCUGUUUCGCUAGUCAACUUUUCCGAUUUCAUUUUUUCUCCGUAUGAAGAUUUUGCUCAUUAUUUUCAUGUGCGAAGCCUUCCAAACAGCACACAUAAUACCUACCUCACUACAGAUUUGUUCUUGGUUGUAAGAACACAUUUUAAUAUACACGUGGGAGAGAAGACAGGCUCCUUCAAAAUGAGCAUUUUGUCACUGUGGUCGCAUGAGGAGGAUAAUUACGUUUCCCUUUGGUUUGUCACAUCUGAGCACUUGACUCCAUUUUUUUUGAUCAAGUACGACUUUUAUGCGCCUGCGUUUUCCUUCCUGGAGAUGGUGUCUCCGUCUGUCGCUACUACUAACACCUCUAACAUGGUUAUCCCUGCCCCAACUGGACUACAAACUAGCAGCACCACGAACUCUACCCCCCUGGCGAGCUACCAAAGUGAAGCCGGCUCAUCGAACAUGCCGCACCCCAUUGCUUACAUCUACACCUUCAGCACGAAACAGCCAGCUAUGAGGAAGUACAGAACAAGCGAUUUUUACGACCUCACCCUGGUGAACACUAGAUAUACAUUAAAGCUUGCGAGAACAAACAGUAUACAUAAAUUCACGUAUUUAGGAGAUACCUUUUUCAUUUUCUUACUUCAAAACAAUGUAGUCUCCCUCUGGAACAGCAAUUUUGAAGAAAUAGAGUUCAGCGAUUCUAGCCUUGAUAAUUUUAUUAAGUCCACUCCGAUUAAGAUUCAGUGUCUGGGUAACAACACCGUCACUUGUUUCGUUCUAUACGAGUUUCACCAAAUUUUGUGGUUCGACCUUAUAUUAGGUGAACACACACAGUUUAGGUCUUUUACGGAGGCACACCCAAGUGGUGCACAUCAGCUGCAGAAGGAGACCAGCGAACGAGGGCAAAAAAUGAAGAAGGUAUCCCCCAAGCAAUCUUUCUUACAGCAGAAGAGUGAGAAUAAAAGCCUUGGCAUUCAAGCGCAGAACAUCCCAUCAAAGGAGGUAAAAAAGGCAUACAUAAAACAUAUAUAUACAUACACGGAAAAGGAUUUAGAGAUAGCUUUCGAGCUCGCGAAAGACAUGACGGUGAUAAGGAAGCUGGACGAGUACAUUAUUUAUGUGUCUAGCAGUGAGUCGAAUAAAUUGCAUAUAUAUUCAACAGACAAGUCAGAAAGGAAAAUAGAGUAUUACAAGUAUGUAAGAAAUGAGCACAUGUCUAGCUACAGAGUAAGUUCCAUUUUUGCAUAUUCGUAUGAAGACACCAAUUUUAUUAACUCCUUCAUAAGGAAGGAGAAUGAGAUCCAGCACGCUGUCUGGUCUUUCAUGCAUGAAAGGUUGAGCACUACGAAAGUUAUAUAUAAACAAAAUACGUGGCAUGUGUACAAUAAGAAUAUCGAAAUUGUUCCUUUCAUUAAAGGAGAUAAGAGACAGAUCAAAUAUUUUACCAUAAGUGAUAUGGACCCUUCUCUGAAGGGGCAAAAUAUAAUUAUUCACAAAAAAACAGGAGUAAUAUUAAUUAAUCUGAACAGAAUUGAAACGCCACAUAUGGAACUACGUGUGACAAUGCAUGGUUUGUUCCAUGUGUCUACUUCACGUGUCCGCUUCAAUGUCGUUUGCAUGAAAGGACACUACUUCGAUAAGAAAAAGUGUCGACCAUGUCCCAAGGGCUCCUACAACAAUCUUAAGGAGAUCAAAAAGAAUAUGAAAUGGUACACUUCUUGCAUCCCGUGUAAGGCAAAUAAAACCACCUCUGUCCCUGUUCCCACCAAUGAACAGCAUUGUGUUUGUGACGUAGGGUAUGAAUAUAUAAUGGACCCGAAAAAUCCUCACCAGUUUAUUUGCUUUCCUUGUAAAUUUGGAGAAUAUAAAGACACCAUAUCGAAUAAUCUAUGCAAAGGAAAUGGGUGUAUCGAAAAUUCAAGCUCCUACAUAUUGGGGGCGAAAACUGAAGCAGAAAGUUCCUGCAGAUGCAACCCUGGCUACUUUUUAACCUUUGAUGUCUUUGGCUCUAGUAUAUGUGAGAAGUGUUUGCCACACCAUUAUUGUCCAGGUAAAUUAGAGAACAUACAAAAAUGCCCCAAACAUAACGAGACUUUGCUAGAUGAACGAACCGAUUUUACUACAAUAAAUAGCUGCCUCUGCAAAAAGGGAUAUGAACCUAUUAAUAUGAAAAAGGUACAGGAAAACGGAUCAAGGGAAAAACAUUAUUAUAACCUUUUCUUUAAUACCUACACUUAUAAACCAAAUCAAAUUAACCCCAAACAUAUAUGCAUGGAAUGCAAAAUAGGUUAUUACAAAGAUACCGUAUCAUCAGACAAAUGUAAAAAAUGUCCAAAAAAAUCUAUGAACAAAAAGUAUGGAAGUGCCACCAUAGAUAGUUGCAACUCAUGUUAUAGUGGUUACUACAAAGAUUCGCAUCAGGUCUGUUCUACAUGCCUCCCUAACCACUUUUGUGUGGGUAGCUUUGCACCAUAUGGAUUGACUCAAUACACUGGAGAUGCAGUCAUAUGUCCAAACAACUCCGUCACGGAAGAGCCAAACGAAUAUAAUAACUCUUUUAAAAAUUGCUUAUGUGUAGAAGGGUAUGUAAAGCACCUACAAGAAUCCUACAACUUAAAUGAACACUGUAAAUUGGCUCCACUCAACUUUUACAAAGACACUAUAUCGAACGACUUGGGUACCCCCUGCCCUUCCAACAGCAUCACCCUAGUGGAGGGGGCUAAAUCUAUUCAUGAGUGCAUAUGCAAUAAGGGUUUUUUUUAUAGCAAGAAAAGGGGCAUGUGUAUCGAAUGCCCCAUAGGAUACUACUGCCCUGAGAAAAACAACAAGAACAAAUUUAGGGGGCCUAUAAAAUGCCCUCAAAACUCUGGAAAUGUAAAAACGGGUUCUUACGAAUUGGCUAACUGCCAGUGCAACUUUGGGUACACACCAAACGCCCAGGUCAAUAAGGUUAUAAAUUCGUACACGUCUGUCAAGAGGGACAGUAGCCGCCAUAGUAGGCGCCAUACUAACCGCCAUCGUAGCGAACAGCCCAAUCGGUUCCCCUCAUUUGUGAACUUUGGAAAAGUCCUCACAAGGAGCAACACCUUCAUUCAUAUUAUUGCGAACAAGGAUGCUACUCAUGAACAGAUCAAGACAAAUAAGAAGAACCCCUCCUUCCUGCUAUGCAGCAGGUGCCCAAACUCGACCUACAAAUCGACCAUAGCGAAUGAAGCCUGUCACGAGUGUCCCCCAAACAGUGUUACUCUUACGAAUAUCAACAAUUCAGACUUGUACUUUUGCCUCUGCAAGGAGGGGUACUACUUGGAAGAACAGAUAUGCAAACCGUGCUCCUUCACCAAACUGUACUGCCAGGGUGAAAGCAUAUUCGAAGUGCCCCCGGGCAUUUACAAUCAGAUAAUCCAAGACAUUAGGAGGAACAUCGGGUCGUUUGGCCCCUCCCAUGGGCGUCGCUUCGUUAACUGGGUGAUCCGCGAAUAUAGUGUGCUCUGGGGUGACGAGGCGCACAAGGGUGGUAGUGGGGAUGUGCACAGGGGGAAGGGGAAAAUUCAGAAAGAGGGGGAUGAAUCCAGCAAUCAGGGUACAAGUGCGGACGCAUCUCAGGGGGUGGCUCAGGAUGGAUCUAAAGGCGCAGCUGCCAUUCAACCCCGUGGAGGCGCUGUUCCGGGUAAGGGGCGCAGGCAGCGCAAGCGCCGCAGGAAAGUCCCUAUAGGUAGCUACUUUGCUAAGCCCGUUCCCGUUAUGCUGCUCAGCCGCCUAAGCACCAUAGCGGACGCGUCCACAAGUCUCGUACUAAAGAGACACGACCUAGCGGGUUCCCCAAAUCGGCAAAUGAACCAGAAAAAAAAGCAAGACAAUUCAAUGAACCUUCUAUUGAGGAGCUUCUUCUACAGAGACAACGACAACGUAGUGUACGCAAAAUAUCAACACCUUGUGAAAUGCCCAGACCACACAGCAAUCCCGCUGGGAGUAGAUUCUGCCCACGACUACGACGAUUGUAAAUGUGCCAAGGGGUACUACUUAGAGUCGAAAGAUAUGAAGAGAUCAGUUAAGAUAUGCAAACCGUGUAAAGAAGGAACAUUCAAAAAUUUCGUUGGAGAUGAAACAUCCUGCGUGUCUUGUCCCCCCAAAUCUACCAGUCUCGAAGGAUCUGUGUACCCAACGCACUGCUUCUGUAAAGAGGGUUUUUUUUAUAGUAAACAAAACUGUUUGGCUUGCUUAGAAGGGGCUACAUGCAAAGGAGGGUUAUACAAAAACGCCAUGAGUAUGAUACAAUUAGGGUUAGAGAAUAUUCACAUAACUGCACAAGAUCAUGUGAAGCCAGAAUCUAAAAGAGGGUACUACUUGGAUGAAUUGAUGACAAAAAAUAUAGAUGUAAGUGAGUGGAAGUUUAUAAAAUGUCCAAUACAAAAUGCCUGUCUUGAACGAAACAAAUGUCAUCACAGCAUGAAUAAUUAUUUAUGUGUUGAAUGUGCAAAGGGGUAUACCAACACUUUUAUGCGAUCUGUGUGUGUUCAAUGUCCAAACAACACUGUUAACAUUAUUAUCCUAUUCUCCAUCUACAUUACAUUUUGCUUUAUCAUCAUUCUUAUAUCAUACCUGAAUGUGUCUUCUGGGUUUUACAGAAGGUCGAUCCAUUCGAUUGUUAUAAAAAUUGCAGUCAACUACAUUUCGAGCAUGCUGCUUAUUAACAUUUUGGAUGAUAAAAAUUUACUUUUACCAGAGUUUGUGCACCAGUUAUAUAUCCACAUUACCAGAUUAAUAAAUAUAGGAGAGAGUAGAAGAAUCAUUAGUAUCGAUUGUUUAUUGAGACAUUAUUUUGACCUAAGCUAUGCGGACUCUUUCUUUUAUUCCAGUUUGUUAUUUUUUUUUAUCCCUGUACUCCUCAUGGGCACGUUAACCUUCAUGUUGUUUGUUAUUCUGAAAAUAUACACGCUGUUGCGAAAGAAGGCAAUUGCGAACAAACUGGACUUGCUGAGUAUAGCCAAAAGGGAGAGAAUUCAUUUCUUGGCUAAUUCCUUAGAGAAAUCCUAUUCCAAAGAAAGGUUUAUCAUGAUAUUGAGGUAUAUAAAAUUACAACACUACACUUGGAUGGAUAGAACAUUUAUCUUUUUUGAAGAUAUGAUUCCAGUGUAUGUUACUUUUUUAUUUAUGAUACAUGCAAAAACUUCCAUGAGAAUGUUUCAGCUAUUUGACUGCUCAUACAUUAUGUACACAAAAAAUUUGGGCAGAUAUAUCCUAAGCGGAGUCAGCAGUGUCCAAUGUGAUUUGAAGACAGAUUAUUUGAAGUUUUUCAUUUUGGGUUUAUCCGGGACAGUUAUAUGGUCCCUGGGGAUCCCCUUACUCUCCUUCUUCGUCCUAUACACAAAUAGACAUAAUUUAUUUCAAGAAAAUGUUCGCAUAAAAUAUGGCUUCUUACACAAUGGGUAUUUGCCAAAUAGGUGGUAUUGGGAGAUUAUAGUCUUUGCGAGGAAGAUAUUUUUUCUUUUCAUCACCACUGUUGUGUUGUUCCCAUCAGACGAAACCAACACAUCCAAGUUGCUGCUAAUUACUUUCGUGGCGAUAUUCUCCCUGUGUGUGCAUUUUAUCUUUCAGCCAUUUGACAAGAGAAAUUUUUUUACCCUAAACAAGUUGGAAAAUACGAGUUUAUUCAUAUGGACUUCAACCAUCGUCGUUAUAUCCAUUUUGCUUUCUAUCAAACUGAAUGAAUUCCUGAACUUUGUUAUUUUGUUUUCCCUGAUUUUGCUGCAUGUCAUGUUCUCUGUUAAAUUGUUGAUUUGUUUGUUCUACGAAUGCAUCGAUAAUCUCAGGCGGAAGAAGGCCUUCUACCACGUGCCCAUUCUCAGCACCUUUGCCAAAGCGCUCGUCGAUGUUGUACAAAGGAGAAAGAGACAGGAGCCCCUAAUUUACUACGACAAGAAUGCAAGACAAAUUUCGAUUAUUUUACCUGACUGCGUUAUGGAGAAAAAAAAAAAAGUCAGACUUUUUGCUGACUCGUUCAGGCGAAUUUUCAACAAUGUGCGCGGAUUUUGGACAAAGGGGAUGAAGCAGCGGCGGGGAAAUCGCCACCGAGGCGGAAGUCGCGCCAGUGAUAAUGACAGCUUUGGCACUUGUGGCAGCACCCAUAUGGGGAGUCACUACGGUAGCCGCGAUGGACAGGAGCAACUCAAGCAAGGUGCAGGAAAUCUCCCAAACGACGAAUCCCUUGGAAACAUCCAAGGGGGGCCACCAAAAGAAAGGGUGAAAAGAAGACCAACAUGGGCAGCCAAGAAUGAUGAACAACAUGGAAGCCUGAACGUGCAGGGAAAAAAAGGAAACAAAAAUGAUCACCAUUUUUUCACACACAAUUUACCGGAAAAAGAAAAAAAAAUGAGUUUCUGCUUUUUUCCCAUAAAUAAUAACGAGUCUGUUUGCGCAAAUAUCAACAAGGAACAACGCAUGUUCGCAAUUGAAAUUUACAAAGAAUUGCUCGACAUAUUCAUGAAGAACGUUACGUUAACAUACAUUUCGGAAAUCUUUUUCGAGUUCAUAUUUAAAAUUACCAUCAACAUAGGAAACUUGAUUGACAACCUGGACCAUAAGGAUAAAAUAUUUGUGUCUAUGGAUCAGGAGCAGAACUUUAAGAACAUCAUUCAGUGGUCUCUCGAACGGAUGGAAAAAUGUAGCGAAAAUAAAAAGUUGGAAGAAAACAAAAUAAAUAAUUUGAAAAAUUGUAAAUAUGAUUGUGGUCUGCUUAAUCUCGAUGUCGACACGCUGCAAGGUCCUUUACUCUUUGAAGAGGAACGAAUGGAGUCCUGUCGAAGCGUUGGCAAGACAGCACCAGGGCAGUCGUCUAGAGACACUUCUGGAAACUCCAGCCUAAGCGGAAAGGACCCCGAAAUUCAAGUGUCCGAUGAAGAGAAAGAGAAGCUCUUCUCAUUUUUCAGCGACGAUCUCCUGGACAGGAAAAUCCCCCUGUCCGAAUUUUAUCUAAUCCUCACAGAACUCAAGCUCAAAUACUGCGGAAACCUCACUGCCUACUUUUACAUGUUCAUGCUAUACAAAAAAUUGGAAAAGCUCCAGGACAAGAAAAAACUUAGAAGGCUAAACAAGAAGCUGCGCAAGUGCCAACGAAUUAGUGACACGAGCAAGAAAAAAUCUCACGAACAAAUGAUUCAGAAGGACAAAAUAAAAGAAAAAACAGCGCUACUGUACAAGGAACAUAAAGACCUGACUAAAACGUUGGAGCAGCUGAAAAGGCACUACGUUAAUAUAAGUAGGAAUGACUCGGACAAUUUUUCAUCUGAGGAAUUUGGAGUGCCCGAUAUGGAUGGCAACAUUUCCCUUUCCAGUGGUGGCUCCAUGGAGGGCGUGCUUCUUUCGAAGGGCUUCGAUCAGAAGCAACCAGAAAGCGAUCGGGACGUGCGGAGAGGGUAA